AUGCAUGAAAUCAGCGAAAUUGAAAUGACAAAUUCUGAGAUUGAUCAUAUUUUAGAAUCAGAAUAUCAUGAUAUUGAAUCUUCUGAAAAUUCCGACCCAAAUAUAGCAGCCACUACAGAACAUCCUUUAUCAAAACGAUUUAGAGAUGAAAUUAGGCAACAACAUGCACAUUUAAAUAUCUGGCAGAGACCGAGCCUCUUUGUGAUAUGUACAAUUAUUUCCUUAUACAGUCUUUCUGAGAUGCUAUUUAUUACACCAAUGAUUACACUUUCAUUGAAUAAAAUUUGUGAAAGUUUACCACAAGAUACAGGUAUCAAUGAAUCCACUUUAUGUGAUAUGAGCCAUGUACAAACUAUAACCUCAUUUAUUACCUGUGUUAAAAUGGUUUUAAGUAAUUUGAUUAGUCUUGUUGUUGCUGGAAAGAUUGGACCAUUGUCAGAUAGAAUAGGUAGAUCCAAAAUAUUCGUAUAUAUGGGGUCCGUAACACUUAUUGGUAAUGCAAUGAGUGCUUUCUCUGUAUCAUCAUAUGUUGAUACACACAUCUAUUUCAUUAUCUUUGCAGGUUCAAUCACCUCUUUUACUGGGGGAACUUUUGCUUUAAUUGCUAACAUUAAUAGUUAUAUUACCGAUGUUAUUGAACCUAGUGAUAGAACUGUGAGCAUGGGUACAGUUGGUAGUAUAAUGCAUGCAAUGGCAGGAUUAGCACCAUUGUUAAGUUCAUUCAUUAUCAAAGUUAAUAAUGGUAACGAUAUGGUAUCAAUAUAUUGCUCCUUUCUAUCAAUAUCUUUAUUUAUAUUAAUUUGCACUUUUUUUGUUAGAGAAUCAAGACAUCCAGAAGCAAUGGAAAUGUCUGAAGCUUCGCAUAAAAAGAGACAGGAAUCUAUGGUAAGUUUACAUUCUAUUAGAUUAAGUGUGUCUAAUACAUUUAUUCAUAAAAUAAAACAAUACAUCCAUUUUAGAAUAAUUAAGAUUUUAGAUAUUUUUUCACCAUUAAAAGAGUUAUGGUUGCCCCCAACAAGACAAGGAUCUUUAAUACCAAGAUAUAAUGUAUUAUUAUUAGUUACAUUGGAUUCAAUAAUUAUAUUUGCAACAGUAGCACAUAUGCCUGCAUUAAUUCUUUUCACUACAUAUGAAUAUAAUUGGAAAUCAAUUGAAAUUGGUUAUUUUAUAUCAUUUUCUGGGAUAUCAAAUGCUAUUAUACUAGGUAUAUUUUCGUGGUGUGGUACAAGAUGGUUACAAAAGAAACAUACUAAAUUGAAUUAUUCUGUGGAUCGUAUAGAUAUCAAGAUUUUCCAAUUUGGUUUCAUUUGUAUAUUUAUUGCAACAAUAGCAUUUUUAAUAAACCCUUCAAAUUAUAAGAGUUUGCUCUUGUAUGUAGUUAUUAAAUGCGUCGGUGGUUGCAUGGAUCCAUCAUUACAAUCGUCCAUAACAAAAUAUUAUGGUACAAAUACUGGUCAACUCUUUGGAGCUCUUGCAUUAUUACAUAUUAUUGGCAUGCUAAUUUCACCAGCAAUUAUGUUAGGAAUAUAUGGUAUUACAGUAUCAUAUAAACCAGAAACUUUCAUGUACUUACCAUUAAUAGCAUGUAUUAUAGGUUUUGUACUAACAUAUUUCCUAAGAGUGGUAUAUAUUGAAGAACCUUUAUUUGAGGAAACACAGAUUAAUGAAGGGGCUCUUAGCCUUACCAAGAUAGACUCACAAGUUGAGCCCUUAAUUUAA